AUGGAGAUUGAUAACAGGCUUAACUAUCAAGUUCCUUACCAAGUGGAGAAAGUUGAUAGAUUUUUCAAAGAUAAUAAACUGAAAGUUUGGGGUGACUAUAAGACUUUUAUUCAAACAAAGUUUGUUACUGGACACUACACCACCGCUCGUGCUAUACAUGGGCGAUACUGUGGUUCAUUGCUUGCCAUUCAACAAAAUGAAAGAGUAGGAGAUGAAGUGAAAAAAUAUUGCGCCGACCUAUACAAGGAAGCCAAUACAAGUCGGAAAAGCGAUUUCCUCUUAUUAGUAGAGAAUGUUAUUGAAUGCAAGCAAAUAGAACAAAACAUUGAAUCUAUCCGGGACAAAAUUACAAGAAAAGCAACGGAAGUCAGCGGUGAAAUAGUAGAUGAUUCGUUGAAACAGUGGAGACCUUCUAAGAAACCCAAAACCGUUGAUCAGUUGGAAGAUUCUGAUACUCAGGACAAGAUAGCAGAUAUCACCAACACGUAUGAUGAGCUGUAUAGGUUAUACUAUUCUUUACUUGCCAACAAUCUUUGUCUCAUGUAUAUUCCCUCCGCACGUGAAAGGUCAUUGCAAACAGAUACAAUUGAACUGCCACAGACUCCUCCCUCCAACCUGAUUGAUGCUGUUGACAUAAAUGAAAUACGUAACCCAAGCUGGACUCUCAAAGACGGCCGUCUACUCGUUGAUGUGCUUGUGACCAAUACCACUGAGUUGGUAAGACAGCUCAUGCAAAAAAGCCAGAAAGAAAGAACACCUGCUCUCAUGAGUGCUGCUCGUUUAGGUCUUUCAUCAAUUGUCGAUCUAUCAUCUGAAUUUGAAGGUGGAAUGUACAAGUGGUUUGGUCAAGACUGGGUAGAUAUCAAGGAAAAGGUGUAUGGAAUGAUAAAUAUGACACCAUUAUGUUUUGAAGGUGAUGUAAAGAGUAUUAUUGACACAGUUGAAGAUAUGUGCAACACAUUCCGAUAUAUUGAUGCACGAACUUAUCUGUAUGAAUUGCAGACCAGCAAUCAUUCACCAAUUGUUAAACAGAUUGCAAAUAUUUACUUCAUUGUAAUUUGUAAAUUCAUGAGAAACCCAUUCAUUUUUGUGAAUGAAUCUGGAAGACGUAAGGAUCUCACUGAGAUGGAAUUUGUCAUCAAAAUGAUAGCACCUGUUUUUGAUGAACUUUUUGCUGACAUUUCAGAUCUUGUAGAGCUUCGAUGGGGUGAGACAGUUACCCGUGCUGCCGUUCAACCAAGAAAGAUUGAUAUGAGGAUUGUCCACAGGACUCGACAUAUUGAACUCAGUCACACAGAAUGUGCAAGGCUUCUUACACCUGCAAAAGCUAUUGGAGACCGCUCUAAGUGUUUACGGACACUAAAAUGUGUGCUUGACAUGUAUCUGGCAGAAGACAUUUCAGAUGAUGCUGCAAAUGAUUCUACAAUCAUGGGGCUCCAAUUUGCUGGUCUUGAAGGACAAAUCAUAGGAAUUGAUUGUCUAGAUGAUGGUUUAUACUUUGGUCUUGAGGGUCCCAAAUUCAGAUUUCCUGCACAACUGUCAAGUAUAAAGGACCUCCGAAAUACACUGGAAGCAUUAUUUUUCUUCAAAGAAAAUAUUAAUAGAAAUGCCAAAGCACUACCUAAUCCAACAGAGCAGGGCCACUUAUAUCAGAAAAUUUUUCAUGUCCACAGGGCACAAGCCAAGCAUUUUAAAGACAUUCCAACCCAGCAAAACCUAAUUCAAGAGAUAUUUCAACUCGUUUCCAAACGCCCAGAUUCUGUCUGUAAUUUUCUAGAAGGAAGUCAAAUGCUUGGUGGCAGCGACACUCGAGUCAUUUACCGACACUAUGCGACUUUAUAUUUUGUGUUUGUUGUUGACGAAUCUGAGAGUGAAUUAGGAAUUCUCGAUUUGAUACAAGUUUUCGUAGAGGGUCUUGACAGGUGUUUUGAGAACGUUUGCGAGCUUGAUCUGAUCUUUCAUUUUGAAGAAGUCUUGGAAACGAACUUGAACGAAAUUAUUACUGCUGCGAACGAAUCAAAUAAUAAAGUCAAAAAGCGCGUGGGAGCAAUGGCUUCGAUUACAAAAAGUAGCGCUGGUGCCGUUGCGCGUGAUUUAGGUGCAAAUAUUGCCAAUACUGCUACCAAUGUUUUACAGAGCACUAUGAGCGCGACAUUGCGACGUACUGGGUUUUAG